AAACUCUCUCUCUCUUUCUCUCUCUCUAAGAUAAGCUUUUCAAGCGGUGGAAGAUAUGGUAAAUUACUCCCGAGUCGGUAGAGACCCAGUUGUCUGUGGCUGUCACAAACAGUAUCUUAAAUAGAUUUCCAUGUGUCCGAGACUCCUCAGAAUUUGCUAUUCCAAAAAUAAAGUUUCAAUUCUUGUUUCUUCUCACUGAUCGAGGAAUGUCGAGAUUGGGUGGUAAAACUUUGUAUUAGUCUCUUUCGCCAUGGAAGUUCUUAGGGGGGGUCUAUGAAAAAAAUGAAACGCUUUUCCGCUCAGAAAGUUUUGAAGAGAUGGAUCGCAAAGGAAGGACAAGGCUGCAGUCUAUGAGAGCAUCUGCGAAUCAUGAAAAAGGAAACGUGGAUAUGCUGGAGACGAAUUUACCUGAUGCAGCAAAAGCAUCCACGAGCGGACGGGUUUCAAGCAGACAGAGAAAACUGGCUUUACAACAAGACGUUGACAAGUUGAAGAAGAAGCUCAGACACGAAGAAAAUGUAGGUCGAGCUUUGAAGAGAGCUUUCACCAGACCUCUAGGAGCUUUACCACGCCUCCCCCCUUUUCUUCCUCCCAAUAUGCUAGAACUUCUUGCUGAAGUUGCUGUUCUUGAAGAGGAGGUAGUGCGGCUUGAAGAGCAAGUUGUGCAUUUCAGGCAGGAUCUAUAUCAGGAAGCUGUCAACAUUUCCUCCUCCAAGAAGACCAUGGAGCUUUCCCCAAAAAACAAUUCUAAGCAAGUUCAAUCCAGACUUUCAGUUCAGAAAACUGAUAAUGUUCUGGGAAAGGAAAACGAAUCCCGUAUGAAUUUGACAAGUAACAACAAGGGGUCCUCUCUCCAGAAAACCCACACGAUAAAGACUCCAGUCAAGAAACCUCCAGUUCGUCACAAAUCAUCAGAGAAGCCAAAUUCUCCAAAAUUGAAUUUAGAAAACAGAGUGGCAAAUCUAGAAAAUGCUGAAGCAAGACAAUUACGUGCUCCAGAUGACAAGGCAUCCGGUGAUGAUAGUCCAAACAAUAUUUCUGAAAAUAUUUUGAAAUGCUUAUCAAGCAUUCUAUUGAGAAUGAGUUCAAUCAAGAAUAGAGUUGCUACUGAAAGUUUGCAUCUAUUCUCAAUGGUAACUACAAUACAAACUGAAGAAACGGAUCUUCAGGACCCAUAUGAUAUAAGUUCAGAAUUUGGAAUGCGAGAUAUUGGUCCAUACAAGAAUGUGCGUACAGUCGAAGCUUGUUCAAUUAAUACAAAGCGGACAACAAACUCAUUGUUUCUAUUUCAAAGAUUGAAACUCCUCCUGGGAAAACUUGCUUCUGUCAACUUGCAACGUCUUACACAUCAGGAGAAACUUGCCUUUUGGAUCAACAUCUAUAACUCUUGCAUGAUAAAUGCAUUCCUAGAACAUGGAAUACCAGAAAGUCCCGAGAUGGUUGUUGCCUUGAUGCAGAAGGCAACAAUUAAUGUGAGCGGGCACUUGCUAAAUGCUAUAACUAUUGAGCAUUUCAUCUUGAGACUGCCUUACCAUUCACAAUAUGCUUUUUCAAAGAGCGCAAAAUAUGAUGAGAAGACAUUUAGAAGUAUUUUUGGCUUAGAGUUAUCAGAACCAUUGGUUACGUUCGCACUAUCAUGUGGAAGCUGGUCUUCCCCUGCUGUGAGAGUAUACACAGCAUCCCAAGUAGAGAACGAGCUAGAAUUAGCAAAAAGAGAGUAUUUACAAGCCGCAGUUGGAAUUUCAUCAGAGAAAUUUGGAAUCCCAAAGCUUUUGGAUUGGUAUUUGCUAGACUUUGCUAAAGACUUGGACUCCUUGGUUGACUGGGUCUGCCUUCAACUACCAAGUCAAUUAGGAAAAGAAGCAAUUAAGUUGAUGGAGGGGAGAAGAAACCAGCCUCUUUCUCAGUUUGUUAAAGUAAUACCUUAUGAAUUUAGUUUUAGAUACCUUCUCUGCACAUAACGGUCCAUAAUCCAGUUGAUUUUUCCUUGUGAAUGUUUUUUUUGGCAGUAAUGGUUUAAGAUUUAGUAGUAGUACACUGUAUGAUAGCUUUAAAGAAUAUAGAUUCGAUGUACAAUAAUAUGUACAUUGUUUGUAAUAGUGCCUGAUGGUGGCAGCAUUCCUGCAGCGCUGGGUGAGAAAUUAAACACCAUAUUUUAACAACUGUUUGCGAUUUAUUGGAAGACUCA